AUGAUCGGUUCCACGCGGGCACGUAUGGAAAUUCCCGACAAGAGAAGCUGGGGGGCGAUCGAGGAUGCGGGUCGGAUGGAGGCGUUCGUCACGGAUCCCGUGGACGAGGGGAAGAGCUUUGCCGGCAUGAUCGACAUGAUUUGGAACGGGGAGACUCGGGGUGGAAACGUCUUGUAUGCGCAUUUGGGUGGGCAGUUCCGCAGUUGGCCUUGA